AUGGCUAACUUCUCCAAGGAACGCGGGAACUGUGUCUAUGUAGCCAAGUUAGCUGAACAAGCUGAACGCUAUGAUGAAAUGGUGGAUGCCAUGAAGAAGGUCGCGAAGCUGGACGUUGAGUUGAGUGUGGAAGAGAGGAACUUGUUCUCUGUUGGAUACAAGAACGUGGUGGGGUCACGGAGAGCUUCAUGGAGGAUCUUGUCAUCGAUAGAGCAGAAAGAGGAGUCAAAAGGGAAUGAGUUGAAUGUUAAGCGCAUCAGGGAUUACAGGCACAAGGUGGAGUUGGAGCUGAAGGGAGACUAUUACCGGUAUUUGGCUGAAUUCAAAGCUGGAAAUGAAAAGAAAGAGGUAGCAGAUCAGUCGCUUAAAUCAUAUCAGGUAUUUGAUGGAGCUUACACUAAAACUGUUGAGUCAUGA